AUGGCACGUUGUGGAAUUAAUCUGGCCGUCCUCGUCUUCUCUUCGAGCACCGGGGAAUGGCGUGCCGCCUCAUCGUCCCAGGACUGGAGGGAUAUAGUCGUUGUCAGUGACCCUUUCUGUUUUCUGAGGCCUCAUUUCGCAGGUGGCUGCAUCUACUGGGACUCGCCGUUAAACCAGAACAAGUUGCUCGUGCUUGACACUAAGACUAUGGAGUUCUCCAUUGCAGAUUUCCCACCUGGAGAAUGGGACGAAAAAUUAGCUAUUGUCGAUGCAGGGGAAGGCAGGUUUGGAAUGUUUGGCAUCCAUGAUGGAGAUGAAGGUGGUGAAUCUGUUCUUAGUUAUAUGGUUGGGCAAAACGAAGGUGAGAGUUCUGGCCAGCUGAAGAAAGUCUCACUAGGUUAUGGGCAUCAGUAUUAUUUCACAGACUAUGCAACGCAGAAUUACUUGAUCCUAUUAAGGGCUGAAGCUAGCCCGUACGAAGUCUUAUCACGGACCCCAUCAAAGAUAGAAUUUUUCUCACUGGAUGUCAAGACAGCGCAGCUUGAGAGGAUGUUUAUUGAACCUUCCAAGUUUGGUUGUUCUCGAGCGCACAUAUAUACCAACUUCCCGCCAUCAUUAUUGUCUUCACCAACAGUAUGA